CUGGUUCUGGUUCUACUGGUAUUGGUAGUCUUUUUAGUGGCUCUCGGUCUCGCGAGAGGCACUCUAUUACCUCCACACCAUUAAAUGGGAGCAUUAUCACGGUUUGAAUGGCGGACAGCUAUGGAGGAUGAAAUGUCUGCUCUUCAUAAUAAUGGCACGUGGGAGUUGGUUACUCUUCCUGCUGGUCAAACUAUUGUCGGCUGUCGUUGGGUCUAUACUGUCAAGUACCUUCCUGAUGGCACUGUUGAGCGUCACAAAGCUCGUUUGGUUGCCAAAAGGGUACACCCAGACUUAUGGUGUUGAUUAUUCAGAAACAUUCUCUCCCGUUGCCAAGCUUGGUUCUGUGCGCAUUCUUAUUUCUCUUGCCGCCAAUCUUGGUUGGCCGUUGUUCCAGCUCGACGUCAAAAAUGCCUUUCUCCAUGGCGAUCUCCAAGAGGAAGUCUACAUGGAGCAACCACUUGGGUUUGUUGCUCAGGGGGCGCGUCAUAAGGUAUGUCGUCUUUGCAAAGCACUUUAUGGACUUAAGCAAUCUCCUAGAGCAUGGUUUAGCAAGUUUAGUGAUGCAGUUAUGAGAUUUGGCAUGUGUCGAAGUCAAUCAGACCACUCUGUAUUCUCCCUUGUGUCAGCUUGAGGGAAAGUAUUGCUUAUUGUCUAUGUAGAUGACAAUUAUUAUUACUGGAGAUGAUCAAAAAGGGAUUGAUGAGUUGAAACAGUUCUUACAUACUCAGUUCCACACUAAGGACUUGGGUAAGCUGAGAUAUUUCUUGGGCAUUGAGGUAGCGAGGUCCAAGGAUGGGAUCAGUCUGUCCCAGAGGAAAUAUGUGUUGGAUAUUCUAGAGGAGACAGGUUUAUUGGGAGCUAGACCAGUGGAGACUCCAAUGGAUCCUAAUGUGAAACUCUGCAUUGAUCAGGGGGAGGUAUUUCCUCAUCCAGACCAGUAUCGUCGAUUGGUUGGUAAGUUGAAUUAUCUUACCAAUACACGUCCUGAUAUCUCAUUUGCUGUUAGUAUGAUGAGUCAGUUUAUGUCUGCUCCUCGUCUUUCACAUUGGGAAGCUUGUAUUUGCAUUGUUAAGUACCUUAAGGCUCAUCCAAGACGCGGUUUGUUUUACCGUUCUAAUGGUCAUUUUCGUGUUGAGGCAUUUACGGAUGCAGAUUGGGCAGGAUCACCUUCUGACAGACGUUCAACAACUGGUUACUGUACGUUUGUUGGUGGCAACCUAGUUACUUGGAAGAGUAAGAAGCAAACUAUUGUUGCAAGGUCUAGUGUAGAUGCAGAGUACCAUGCUAUGGCUCAUACCACAUGUGAGAUUGUUUGGCUGAGAUCCUUUCUUGAGGAGCUGGGAUUUCAGGUGCAGUUACCCAUUCCUAUGUAUUGUGACAAUCAGGCAGCAAUACAUAUUUCCUCGAACCAGGUGUUUCAUGAGAGAACCAAACAUAUUGAGGUAGAUUGUCACAUCAUUCGAGAGAAGGUUGACAAUGGUGUGUUGGUUACGCCCUUUGUGUCCACAGGUGCUCAGAUCGCAGAUAUUUUUACCAAAUCAUUGUUUAAACCUCGUUUAGAAUUCUUAUGUAACAAGCUGGGACUUUGUGAUAUUUACUUUCCAGCUUGAGGGGGAGUGUUAGAAUAUUGUCGGGCUUAUGUUAGUCCCACAUUGGUUAAUUGAGUCAUUGUAAUAAGUAUCUCAUAAUAUAAAUAAAGUCUGUGUGUGUUAGGGUUAAUUAACACCCUAUACACUUAUUCUCUCUCUUUCUAAA